CUUCGCCUGAGAGCGCGCAUUCCCGCGCGUGUCCCCGCGCGGGCUCCGUAGCGCGUGUGUCUCCUGACGCGGCCCCGCGGGCCCUCCUCCCGCUCUGCGGCGGCGGCGGCCGAGAGCACUUCGGGGCGUGCGGGAGGGGGUGCGCGGCGCGCGAGGGAGGCGGCGGCGGCGGCGAGAGGAGGCGGAGGAGGAGCAGGCGCCGCCAUGGCCGCCGCGCUCACCGACAUGGCCGACCUGGAGGAGCUCUCGCGCCUCAGUCCUCUGCCCCCCGGCAGCCCGGGGCCGGUGGCGCGCGGCCGGAUCGAGCCGCCCGAGGACGACGAAGACGACGACGACGAUGAGGCGGAGGCGGAGGCGGUGGCCGCGCUGCUGCUCAACGGCGGCGGCGCGGGCGGCGGCGCGGGGGCUGGCGAGGCGGAGACCAUGUCGGAGCCGAGCCCCGAGAGCGCCAGCCAGGCGGGCGAGGACGACGACGACGACGACGACGACGACGACGAGGGCAGUAGCAGCGGCGGCGCGGAGGAGGAGAGCAGCGCCGAGAGCCUGGUGGGUAGCAGCGGAGGCAGCAGCGGCGACGAGACGCGCUCGCUCAGCCCGGGCGCGGCGAGCAGCAGCAGCGGCGAUGGGGACGGCAAGGAGGGCCUGGAGGAGCCCAAGGGACCGCGGGGCGGUCCGGGCGGCCCGGGCGGCGGCAGCAGCAGCAGCAGCGUGGUGUCGAGCGGCGGCGACGAGGGCUACGGGACCGGGGGCGGCGGGAGCAGCGCGACCUCCGGGGGCCGGCGCGGCAGCCUGGAGAUGUCGUCGGACGGGGAACCGCUGAGCCGCAUGGACUCGGAGGACAGCAUAAGCAGUACUAUAAUGGACGUAGACAGCACAAUUUCCAGUGGGCGUUCAACUCCAGCAAUGAUGAACGGACAAGGAAGCACUACUUCUUCAAGCAAAAAUAUUGCCUAUAACUGCUGUUGGGACCAGUGCCAGGCGUGUUUCAACUCUAGCCCAGACUUGGCCGAUCACAUCCGUUCCAUACACGUAGAUGGUCAGCGAGGAGGGGUGUUUGUUUGCUUAUGGAAAGGCUGUAAAGUUUACAACACUCCAUCAACCAGCCAGAGCUGGUUACAGAGGCACAUGCUGACACACAGUGGAGACAAACCUUUCAAGUGUGUAGUUGGUGGCUGCAAUGCCAGCUUUGCUUCUCAGGGAGGGCUAGCUCGCCAUGUACCCACACACUUCAGUCAGCAGAAUUCCUCAAAAGUUUCUAGCCAGCCAAAGGCCAAAGAAGAAUCUCCUUCUAAAGCUGGAAUGAACAAGAGGAGGAAGCUAAAGAACAAAAGACGGCGCUCAUUGCCACGACCACAUGAUUUCUUCGAUGCACAAACACUGGAUGCGAUAAGACAUCGAGCCAUAUGCUUUAACCUCUCAGCCCAUAUAGAAAGUUUAGGGAAGGGACACAGUGUUGUUUUUCAUAGUACUGUAAUAGCUAAGAGAAAAGAAGAAUCUGGGAAGAUAAAACUUUUGCUUCAUUGGAUGCCUGAAGAUAUUCUGCCAGAUGUGUGGGUGAAUGAAAGUGAACGACAUCAGCUAAAAACUAAAGUAGUUCAUUUAUCAAAGCUGCCCAAAGAUACCGCCUUGCUUUUGGACCCAAACAUUUACAGAACAAUGCCGCAGAAGAGGUUGAAGAGAACUCUGAUAAGAAAGGUGUUCAAUUUGUAUUUAAGCAAACAGUGAACGACGUUUGCAAUCAACUAAAAAUUCGUCUAUCGAAUUAGGUCUGAAAAAAUACUGUUAAAGAGUGUUGCAGUGUCUGGUGGCUCCCCUUUCAGGACUAGGGUUUCUCAUGGAGUGCAGUAUGUUAAUACUUGCCUACACAACUAAUCUGUUAACGGUUUUUGAAAAGCCUCGAUUUUUAAAGUAUUUGAAUAAUCUUCAUAUUUUCAUUUAACCUAUAUGACUAAUUUUUUUCUGAAGAAAGCAUUGAUUUUUGAGUUUUUUCUUAAUGUAAGAAAAUUGUAUUUUUUUUAAAGUAUCUUCAAACCGAAUCCUUUAUGCACCAAAGUUGGUUUUGAAAAGGAAAAUAAAAUCACUUUCUUGCUUGAUAAGCAAGAAGCCAUAUGGAAUUUUUUUUAACUUUACAGAAAUGGAAAUAUGUGUAACUUGUUAGUAUUGUAUCAAACAAAUGUUGCAUAGAGAUAUUAGAACAUUGCUUGUAAAUAAUUCCGCAGAUUUGUAAUAUAUUUUUAUAUUAUGAAAUGUACUGUAGAUGUUUUUCUAGAGGCAUGAAAGUUAAAUGUAUAUACUAUGGUAGAGAUAAUAUUGAAGGCUAUUGUAAUUCACUAGUGCUGCCAGAGGACUUGCUAACAAAGCACCUUCUUGACAAAAUAAAUGUCUUUGCAGACUUAAGGGACUGUGUAACUACUGUUAAUAUCUGUAGGAACAAAACACAUUGAACAUCCUUCCAGAAAGUCUUCGGGGGAGGACCUAGGCCUGUAAUAGAGCUGUGGCACUCGCUUCUGACAGUGACCGUGAAAUCAAUUAUUUCCUUACUGUUGGAAGGACAUAUUGUAAAGUAUGUGGUUAUAUGCAGUCAAACUGCAAAAAAAUACUCCUAAUUGAGGAGUUUUCACUUUACUACAGUGAUAUAAAAACCAGCAGUUUUUACACUAAAUUUUUUAAAAAAAGAAUAGACAAAAAUAUAAAGUUAAGCCUUUGGUUCCAAAAUGGGAAAGGUUCCAUGAUGCAUAAAUCAUUUCUCGUUUGCUUUUAAAAAUAAAAGAUGAUAAUAAAAAGUAUGGAAGACUUUAGUCAUUAGCAUUGGGGUAAGAGGCAUACAGGGAAUGAGUCACCUAAACCCAGUGAGGUGUGAGCGAAAAAGCCCCGCUGGUGAAGGCGUUCUGGAACGGCUGUUUGAUAGGGUGUUUUCCACAUGAGCUGUAGCAGAUUCGAGUUUAUUUUUUAAAAGGAAAGAAGCAGUUGUUCUUAACUAUUUUAUCUUUUGUUUUCUUUUGCUUAAGCACUUCAUCAUCUGUUUUAUUCUGUAUCUAUGACGUAAUCUGCAAUCUCCUUUGUUCUUAAGUUUUGGUUUGUUAAAACAUUGCCAAAUAGAAGUGUUGCAGAUAUAUAGUUUGUACCUGUACUUUUAUUUUAUUGCCCCGUGUUCUUGUAAGUCAUUCUUAAUUGACCGAUGAUUGUAGACCUUGCUUGAGUAUUUUUUCUAAUAAAACAAAGCAAAUCACAUUUA